AUGAAAUCUCAUCUAGCAGCAACUUCGACGCUGUCUACAAUUAUUAACAAUAUGAAAGGCAACGAUGAUGGAUUUUUUCAUCUCGAUAAUACGGGGAUUUUGCGAUCUUUCAACAGGCACAAUGAAGUAAUUGACUACCAGAAACUUUCAAAGGAAGAUUUUAAUACGCUAAGUGAUGUCUGGGUCGGACAUUGUAUUGAGUAG